UACCGUAAACAUGAGAAUUUAUUGUCGUUUCAGCAAUGAUCUUGUCCAAUGGCGUAGCUCUUUUUAAACUGGGUUUACAACAGUAUAAGUAGUGACAACAGUGACCAUUGCGGCCGAGUGCAGUAUUAAAUUGCAGACGACUUGAAUUGGGUCCGUUAAAUGCAGGGAACUCGAAGACGCAGAUGUUUGCUUCGACCGCGUGAAACGGCACGGAAUGUUCCGCGGUUACAGAACUGCCAGUGUUUGAAUUCUGCUGACAGACGGCGGCCAGAGUGUCUCAGCGUGUACUUCUGCACAGUGACCGUAAGAUUUGCCAAAAUAAACAGAACUUGCUGUGACCAUCAUGUGGGCAGCGAGACAGGAAGGGUUACACGACGAUCCUCUGCCGGUUUAAUCCCAGCAUGGCCCUGUACUACAUAUGCGCAGCCCAGAUCAGUCGCCUCUCCUGCCAGACUGUGGAAUUGUUCACUGACGUGUCUUCGGGUAUCAGAACAAAUGUUGACGUCCACCUCCAACGCAAUGCCCAUUGGACAACGGGGCUUCGUUCCACUUGGAGUUAAAGCAACGUACCAUGAAGUUUUCAACUUGACUUGGACUAGUGCUGAGCUGAAAAUACGUUACUUGGUUUAGGAUCGGGCAAUUAAACCUGAAAACUAAAAUAGUGUAGUUGCGUCAUAUUGUGAUUUAUUAAAU